GCACGCUCCCCGCACUCGCCUCUCUGCCGCCUUCUUCUGGCACACAGGAGUCUAACUCCCGGCUCCGAGUGUUACCCGUUCAGUGACAAAUCGGUUCGGGGGGGUUUAGGAAAACGUCUUCGGUGAGCGAAGACCUCAGUAGCGCGUGUCCAGAGUCAGACCGUCAGUCAGUGACGUUGACCCAGCAAUAACGGUGUCGGUGUUUGACGAGCGGACGGUCUCCCGCCUGCGGUUCCCCCACAGCGUCUGCCACAAUGAGCGAAUACUUCAGCCUGUCGGACAGCGACGUUAUCGGCUUCGACCUGGACCACACGCUGUGCCGCUACCGCCUGAAGGAGACCUCCAGGCUGAUCUAUGAGAGCUUUGCCAGGUAUCUGGUGGAGCAUAAAGGCUAUGACAAGGACCUGCUGAACCUAACCCCUGCUACCUGGGAUUUCUGUUUUAAAGGACUAGUAGUGGAUCUGGAGGAUGGAAACCUUGUGAAGCUGGCUGAAGAUGGAACUGUCUUGCGAGCGACCCAUGGAAGCAUUGACCUCAGCACAGAAGACAUCGUCAAACAUUAUGGUCCAAAAAGGGAGUGGAAGCACUUCAACAGCCUCAAUACUUCUUUCACAAGAUCUGCAAAAUAUUAUUUCUAUGACAACUACUUUGAUUUGCCUGGGGCUCUCCUCUGUGGAAGAGUUGUGGACAUGUUGCAUAAGCGAGGAAAUGAGGUGAAUUCCGACUUUUGGAAAGACAUGGUUGCUGCCAUCGACCACAAUUACAACACAUCUGCAUUCAAAGAGGAUGCAGGGACGUACUUCCCCAGUGUGAAGAGAGACCCGGGCCGGUACCUGCAGCCCUGCUCCGACUCGGUCAAGACCUGGCUGCGCAGCAUGAAGAGCGCCGGGAAGGUCCUCCUCCUCAUCACCAGCUCCCACAGCGACUACUGCAGGCUUAUCUGUGAACACAUCCUGGGGAAGGAUUUUGAAGAGCUAUUUGACGUCAUCAUCACAAACGCCCUGAAGCCCGGUUUCUUCUCCUUGGUGCCCCAGCAGAGGCCCUUCAGGACCCUUGUGAACGACGUGGAGGAGAGCGAGGGCCUGCCGGCGCUGGACAAACCCGGCUGGUACUCCCAGGGCAACUGGCCACACCUCCACGAGCUGGUCAAGACCAUGACGGGCAAACCAGAGCCCAAGGUUGUGUAUUUUGGAGAUAGCAUGAGGUCGGACAUGUUCCCUGCCAGCACCUUUGGGAAGUGGGAGACGGUGAUGAUCGUGGAGGAAAUGGAGGGGGAGGGCGUCCCCAAGAGUGAUGCAGCAAUGUCCAAUGAGGCCCAAGUGGAGCCGCUGGAGAAAAAGGGAAAGUUUGAGGAGCAGGGCAUGAAGUCCCCCUCUGGCGUAGUUCAAGAAGUGGGGCUUCUACGUUGAAGCCGUAGCUGAGGAUAGAAGGGGGGGGGGGGGGGGGGGGGGGGAGAGGUCCUCUGUCUGCCUACUCGCAUUCACAAAUACAGCACCAUGGCCAUCCCCAGUGUGGAGCACAUAGCAGAUCUCCCUCUGGAUUACAAGUUCCCCAGGUUUUCUCCGGACAAGCCCUGCACCACAGGCUACUACCCCAGGCCCCCGGAUUCUUUGUUGAAGAGGUGCGAGAGUCUGUCGUAAAAAAAGAGAAAAAAGAGAGAGGGAAAAGUUUUAAAAAAAGAAAGAAAAGUCCUCCCUUACCCCUCUGCCUCAGGAGAGGAAUGUGCCUCCAUUUUUGCCUGUAGUUUCCCACCUGACCCCGCCAGCGUUUUUAUGGAUCCAACUGCAGUUCUAGGCAAGACCCGCCCUCCGAAGCAGCCCGAUUGGUUGAGGUUAAGCCCAGUUCAGACCAAAGAUUCGCGACGAGAGGAAACCGUUUUAGAAUGUCGCAGGGAAAAGUUUCAGCGGUCUGAACCGGCCCGGCUCAGCUCGACUCAGACCAGCUGAUGGCGUCGCUGCGACUCAGCUGGUGGAGUCUCCAGAGGCUGGUUUUAGAACGUAAGAGACGUCUCCUCUUUCAACAGGAGACAGUCAUCUUAUUAGGUCAGCUACAAUAAAAUGAUCCAUAUUACUGUUAACCGACGCUCAAUGUGCGCCUACGAGCACGUACGGUGGAGCGAGUUAGAGAGUGCCUGAAGAGAGGGAACGCCUCGGGCACGUUACAAGAAGUUGUAAGUUUUAACUCGUCUCGUCGCUUUGGUCUGAACUGGGCUUAAGGCGUUGACCUCGAGUAGUUAAGGUUAGGAUAGCCGAUUGGUCGGUUGAUAGGAUCUGAACAAAUCGGUUUCGGUUACCUCACGCGAGCAUGGACGCCUGGCCAAUCGUAGCGAGCGAAAGCUAUUGAAGGGGCGGGUCUAGCCCAGAACUGCAGUCGCAGAUCCAUAAUAACGCAACCCGCCGCCAUCUGUGGAGCACAGGACGCAGACACUCCUCACCCAUUCAGAGAAACCAUGUGAAUGUAAGCCACAGUAUCUCUCUGUAAUAACGCCUACAUUUGAACGUUGUUUUGUGGUUUACUGUACCGUACACAAAAUAAGUGUGUGUGUGUGUGUCUGUGUGUGUGCGUGUGUCUGCAUACAGUAAUAAUAAGAAAUGUAGUGUUUUUAUUGUUUCAUGUGUGCGACCCUUAUUAUUUUCUAUGGUAGAUUGAUUCAAAUCUGAAUUCUUCAAACUUUUCCAAAAUAAAGUGAACAUUUUACUGUC